UAUGCUGAUUGCCUCCCAACUGGAACCAACAUACGCCAGAACAGUUUACCCAUGUUUUGAUGAACCUGCCAUGAAAGCCAUAUUUAAUAUCAGAAUUGUCCAUGACCCCAGCUAUGUGGCUCUUUCCAACAUGCCUGCUGUUGCUGUAUCAGAAAUGAAGGAUGAAGAUGGAAGCCUGUGGACUGUUACCACAUUUAACACUUCGCUGAAAAUGUCAACUUAUUUGACUGCUUUUGUGAUUUGUGAUUUUGAUUAUGUCACCAGAACUGAGCGGGGAAACGAGAUACGUAUUUGGGCUCGGAAAGAGGCAGUUAAAAACGGGUAUGUUGACUAUGCUUUAAAUAUCACAGGCCCAAUAUUUUCAUUUCUGGAAGACUUACUUAACAUCAGCUAUCCUCUGCCAAAGACAGAUCUGGUUGCACUGCCUGAUUUUGGAGCAGGUGCUAUGGAAAACUGGGGGCUAAUGACUUUCCAAGAAUCAUCACUGAUGUACCAACCAAGUGAUAAAUUCACAAGCAGAAAGGCAAUGAUUGCCAUAAUUGUGUCACAUGAGCUAGGACACCAGUGGUUUGGAAAUCUGGUUACAAUGAACUGGUGGAAUGAUCUGUGGCUUAAUGAGGGACUGGCGUCUUACUUUGAGUACCUGGGAGCUAUCUUUGUUGAACCCAAGCUUUCACUGGAUAAAAUCUUUUAUGAUCAUGUUGUACAACCUGUCUUAAGGGAAGACAAUGAAAGAGGAGUUCGAUCACUGUCAGCGACUGAAGAAAAGAUCAAAGGAUCAUUUUCUUUAAUAUCUCUGUUUGACAGCAUCACAUACAGCAAGGGGGCCUCUAUUACGUGGAUGCUUUCUGGUUUCCUGACUGAGAAGUUGUUUAUGAGAGCACUUUCUUCGUAUCUGAAAGAAUUUUCUUUCUCAAAUGCUAACCAAGAUGAUCUCUGGACCCACAUACAGAUGGUUGUAGAUGCACAGAAUGAAGUUCAGUUGCCAGCAUCUGUAAAACAAAUAAUGGAUUCGUGGACAUGCCAAAAUGGUUUUCCAGUUUUAACAUUAAAUAUAACCACUGGCACAAUCAGUCAGGAACAAUUUCUUAAUAAAAAGAAUGAAAACAGCACUGAUUCUUACAAUAACACAUGGAUUAUUCCUAUUUCUUGGAUGAGAAGUGGAUCAUCACAGCCGUUAAUGUGGCUAGAUAAAAGCAGCAAAGUGUUUCCUGAAAUGCAAGUGUCAGAAUCAGAAUAUGACUGGGUUCUGCUGAAUGUGAAUUUAAAUGGAUACUACAGAGUGAACUAUGACCAGUUAAACUUAAAAAGAUUAGCACGCUUGCUUGAAAAUGAUCCAAAGGCUAUUCGUGCUGUCAGCAGGUUCCAGCUGAUAGAUGAUGUUUUUGCAUUGACACAGUUUGGAUAUAUUCAGAUUGAAACAGCACUUGAACUAACAAAGUACCUUGCCAGAGAAGAUGAACUCUUCAUAUGGAAUAUGGUUUUGUUAAACCUAGUACCAGAGAAUUUGGAAAGUACUCUGAAGAACUAUGAAGUAUACCCACUUCUAAAGAAAUACCUUUUAAAGAGAAUGUUGCCAAUAUACCAUUAUUAUGCAGGUUUUAUUCGUCAAAAUGUUGAUGCUUUGGAAGAUGACUAUUUUGCUCAAGUAUAUUUGGAAAAGAUUUUUGCAACAGCAUGCUGGCUGGGUCUCCAAGACUGUUUGAACCUGUCAUCUGAACUAUAUGCUAAGUGGAUGGACAACCCUGAGUACAAAAUUCCCUUUUUAAUUAGACGAACGGUCUGCUGCUAUGGUGUUGCAGUGGGAAGUGAUAAAGAAUGGAAUUUUGCGUGGGAAAUGUAUAACCAUACUGACUACUUCACAAAGGAAGAUAAAGAUAUCCUGCUGUUUGCUAUGAGCUGUGCCAAAGAGUCGUGGUUACUUUACAGAUACUUGCAGUACGGACUCAGUGAUACGUUAUUUUCUUCCAAUUAUACUUCAAUCAUCAUCUUAUAUGCAGUGACUAAGGAUAUUGGGCACCGUAUGGCCUGGGAAUUUGUUACGGAAAAUUGGCCACUUUUAAGUGAAAGGUAUGGGAAGGAAUUACUACAUGAUGUAUUAAAAGUCAUGGGAAGAUUUGUCAAUACAGAUGUACAGAUCCAAGAGUUGCAGGUUUUUUAUAAUGCUACACUGGAAGAGGAUGAGAGAGUGGCUACUACUCUGCUACUGGAGCUCACAAAAAUUGAAAAUAUGGAAAGGAGAGAACUGCUGAUCAAAGUUGCCAAGUGGUUACAGAAAAAUCUAGAUGAUUGA